AGGCUGCGUGAGUUCCUAGACAAUUACACGUCUGAAGUCAACAUCACAUCUGAUGGGGAGAUAACUAUUCCAACCAAUGAUUUUGAGGUUAAGGCUGUCCUAUUGAACAGAACGGAUGAUCAGCAAAACUUCACAUUUGUGCUGGAGACCAACUUCAAUAGCAGCCAAUUGGAUUUGAUGGUAGGUUUCCUUUGUGCUUAUAUCCUAUUAGUUUUUUGUCAUUAUGAACAGUUAUUUAAACAAAGUUAAUGUGUUAAACAUUUUUUUCCCCUUCUUUAUAAUAAAAAGUAAAUUGAUUCAGUUAAUUUUUUACAUUUUCCUUACUUAAAAUAAAAAGGCGAUGGAAUCUUAAAUGAUAUAAUUUUUAUAAUUAUUUUCUUCAUGUUCGUAUACAAGAUGUAGGCCUACAUUUGUUUGUUUCAGCCAUUUUUAACCAAAUUCCUUAUUAGACAUAUGUUUCAAAGAACUACAAUUUUAUUUAAAGGUUACUAUUGCUAGAUGUUCUCAUGUAUUGAAAUGGCUGUCCUCAUAACCUGUCCAUUAGAAAUUUCUUUCCAAGUUUAACUGCAAAAAAAUUAUGUUAAAAAUUCAAAGAGACGUAAAAUUUUGUAUUUUGCUUUUAUAUACAAUUUUGCACCCAAAACAACUUUUGGGUCACAAUUACUAAUUUUCUAUCUCUUGCCAGCAUAAUUUGAGCAUCACCUUACCAUGGUUAGUGGUCGGAGAUUCCAACACCAGCACAAAUAAUACCAGACUGCAAUUUAUUGGCUAUAAGAGAUCACAGCUUUUUGUCCCAGCAGAAGGUUUUGGGCAGUAUGGAGCCCUGGCAAGUUUGAUAUUGAACAGACAGCGUGUUGUCUCGGCCACAGUCAGGGGCAGGCAGCUGACCAAUUUGUCAGAGCCAGUUGUUAUUCGGCUGCCCAAGAUUCAAGUAAGUUUCUCUAUCUCCUUUUAUUAAAUACCAUAAAAUAAGUUGUUUCAUACACAUAUUAGUCCUGGGUGAUGUUGAGAAUGUGUUUGUUUAGCAGAAUUAUUCAUUGAAUAGUGGCAAAUUAGAAUUAUUAUUUUUUAAUAAAGAAAAAAAAUCAGACUAAUGUUGACAUUUGAUCUGUUAAUAAAAAAAUUUAAUCUUAGAAUCUGUAUUUUAAAUUUAACUGCAUUUGGAACUUUUAUUAUUUUCAAAAAGAAUACUUUUAAAAAUUUUAACCUUGUUUUUUUUAAUUUGAUUUUCAGGAAGGUGUUAAUCACACAUGUGUUUUUUGGGAUACUAAUGGUUAGUUGAUUAUAAUGGUUUCUUUAGUUUACAAUCACUUAUGUAUGUUUCAUACAUAUUUUUUUAAAUAUGAAAUGUUACUUUCUUUAAUUUACCUCAACUAAAAAUUCAUAAAUUCGUAAUAAAUUAAAAUCAGCUUCUUACAAGAGCUUAAAUUUAAAAUGUAAUGAAUUUGCCACAACGUAUGUGGCUCAUGUCAAUUGUUUAGUUGUUGUUUUUUACCAAUUGUUAACAUUAUUGAUAGGUUUAUUGCCCUUUUCUUUUAUUGUUUAAAAUGUUUUAGAUGUUUAAAAAAAUGAAAUGCCCAAUAGCAAACAAAACAAAAACUAAGUUUCACAGAUAAUUUAUUUUUCUGUUUUAUUAUUGUUAGUCUCCUUUGAAUGACUUCAUCUAGUCCAACUUGAUACGUUAAGACCAAUGUUUGACUUUGUAUUUUGUGCUUGUCCUUUCUCAGCAUCCAAUUGGUCAACAGAGGGCGUGAUACAGUUUGAGGAUGAGUUUGGUUAUGUCACAUGUCAUUCUGACCAUCUGACAAGUUUUGCUGUGCUCAUGGUUGGUGGAAUAAGUUUUACUCAUUCAUUCAUGUGAAGCAUUCAGUGAUGAUUGAUUUUUCUAUAAACCAUAACUUUGUAUCUGAAUUUUUUUUUUUCAAGUUAACUAUUGACAUUUAACUUUUGAAUCUGAUCUGUUAAAAAAAUUGCUGAAAUAAUCAGUAAUACAUAUUUGUUUACUGCUUUAAUAAUGUCUAAAAAUCAAUCACAUUUUAUCAAAGUGUUUAGAACCACUGAAAUCCAAACUGAUAAAACAGAAAUUAAUUCUGAGAAUAGUGUUUUGACCAUGAACUGUUCAUGAGAAGAAGUCCAGCACUAAUUAAGAAAGAUUUCAGUUGAAAAUAGAGUGUCAGAAUCAAACCAUUUGAACAAACAGAUCUGAGGGUUACACAUGCAUGAUUUCACUUGUAAGACUAUUUAAAUAGUGCUAAAUUUUUUUCGAUAUUUUAAAAAAUAUUUUUGUUUGCUUUCACAUAAUGAAUAUUUUGAUGUUCCUUCUUUUAAAAACAAAUGACACAAAAACAUUCCAUUUAAGGAUGCCUCUCCCGGUCAAAGAUUAUCCAAAGAACAUGAAGAUGCUCUGACAUACAUUACUUACAUUGGAUGUGGCAUAUCUCUGGCAUGUCUGGUCAUUACGGUCUUGACUUAUGGCCUCUUCAAGUGAGUGGCAAUGUAUUGUGAUUGUAUGACCAUGAUUUGUUAAUAACGUUAAAUAAUAAAAGAAGCCUUUAUGAUGUUUAUCAAACGUCUUCAGUAAUGUCAGGCAUAUAAUUUUUUUUUAAAUAAAGAUAAUUAUAUAAAUGUAAUUACAUUCAUUAAAUAAGAAUGAUAAAUAUACAUUUAAACUGAGUUUAAAAGCUUUAAUAAAUAACUUAAGAAUCUUGCCUUUCUGUAUUUGUUUACAACCAAAGAUGUCUCAGCAAUGACAAAUCUGGCAAGAUUUUAAUUCAGCUGGGGACAUCUCUGAUAUUCCUCAACAUCAUCUUCUUAGUAGGAUCAGUGGAUGUGUCACAGUACAGGUAUCUUUACAAUUCUAUCAUUAGUUUUACCUUUAAUCUUAUGCUGGUCUGUUUGUCCCACUGAGUAUAAAUAAAAUCCACAAUAUAUUUCACACAAGUUGAUUAAAGCCGGCACCACAAAUUAUGCGCAAGCUCUAACAUUAAAAUAUGCCUAAGAAAGUAAUAAGACAUAUUAUAAUAAACUUUUAUCUCUUAAAACGGCUAACCUACUAAAAAUGCAUCUAUAAAAAAUAUUUCUAAGGUUCUGCUUAAUAACAGCAAACAAUUAUUUCCAAUAUUUGGACUAGAAAUUUGUCACUGAUUUUAGAAACUGACAUCACUUAAUGAAGACAGAUAGAAUAAGUUAAAGCAAUGUAUAACAAAGAAAGAACAUGUGCAAUUACUGAAUGUGGGGUAGAAUGUAAUUAAAGCAAAUUCUCAAUUAACCUCACUUAAUUUAAGAAAUUGUUAUCAUGAUGGAACUAACUAGAUAACAAAUUAUUCAGGCGAUAACUGUCUUCUGAUUAACAGAUAAAUAGGUGAACCAGAUAAAAACUCUGUGCUUUCUUUUAAUUUAUAUCUGCUAGUAAUGUGGGUUGUGUUAUUGUGGCUCUGCUGCUCCACUACUUCAUCCUGGCUGCCUUCAUGUGGAUGCUGGUGGAGGCCAUAGAGAUGUACCAGGCUCUUGUCACGGUCUUCAGUAAAUACGAGAGGUUCUACCUGAUCAAACGCUGUCUGGUGGCCUGGGGUGAGUAGUUUGCAUUCAUGUUUGAAGUGUGCAGCGGAUGUUGUAUGGCUUUUUUUUUUUUCUGGGGUUUAUAUGUUUGAGUUUGGCUGCCUGGGAAUGUAUGAUAUGGCUGUUAGAAGUAUACAGUAUUUGGUGAUCUGGGUUAUAUGUGUUUGGGUUGUGUUGCCUGGGUUCUCUGAAAUUUAAAAAAAAAAUAUUUGUAUUUCAACAAGUAAGUUGCCAGUGUAAUAUUUAGAAUUUACAUCAUAAGAAAUUACAGUUUUAAAUAUCAGCGCAAAGCUUUUCUAUGACAUCUCAAGCAUGUCAAAUUGAAGCAUUUUCAUUUAUUUAAUUUCUAAUUGCUAGAUGCAGAACAUAGAUUUAGGGCCUAUAAAUUUGGCAAAAACUCAUUGCAAUAACAUGAGAGUUGAAAUCAGAAUUAUUAAAAUGAUUCCUUCCAGGUGUCCCUGUUCUAAUAGUUGGCAUCACAGCAGCUAUUGACAUUGACAGCUACCAUAAUGACACAGAUCCACGGGAAAUGUGAGUAUAUGUGACACCAGGGAAUGGAAAAGUUAAGAUAUUAUUUAUUAUUUUUAUUUUAAGAAACUGAUUUCUAUAUUUGAGCUUGAUGGUGGCAUUUUAUUUAAAUGACCUGGGGGAAAAAGUGGGGGUGGGUGGGGUCUGGCCUUUAAAUUCUAAGUUUCAAGCACUAUAUUUAAAGAUAUUUUUGGGGUUUUGACAAACAAGAAAAAACAAAGACUUUAUAAAAGCUUAGCUCAGUUAUCAGAAGUUGGUCUGGGAUGGUUAUUUUUGAAAGCAGACAUAUGAGCAAAAAGAAGCAAAAUGUUUGAUGAUACAAUGUUUAAUAAAUAUAAACAAUAAUUUUUUUCUUUAGUCCCAGAUAUAAAAGCUUUGGGACAGGUGGAUAUUUUAAAAUAAUUUGUAUAUUAGCUUUCAUGAAUGUCAUUUUUAAUUGGAUCACUUGCAAUUGAUUUUAAUUAGAGAAAAAUAUAUUAAUUUUUUUUUAAAUGCCCAAUAUAUUACAUAGAGGUGAUUAAAGAGGCUUACUCUCCACCCCAUAAUACUGAUGCAUUACUUUGUUUCAGCUGUUUCCUGACCAGCCGCAAUGCUGCAGCCUACUACAGCUCUCUCAUUGCCCCAUGCUGUCUCAUUAUCAUAAUUAAUACUGUGGUGUUUAUCAUGGUGGCUCGUGUGAUCCUCAAACCAAAAUUUCAGGUAACUCAUCAAAACCACUUUGAAAUCCUCACGUUGACGCCAAAGGUGUUAAAAAAUUGAAUGCAAUUAGCAAUGAAUAUGCUUCAACUUUAACCCAAAGCAAACCUCUUCAAAUGACUGAGUUAAUAUAAUGUGGAAAUUAUCUUGUUUUAAACCCAUUUUUCUGUUUCUUGCUUAUUUAUCCUAGACAUAGUGUUACCAUGAUUUUAUAUGGUAGAGGAGGUAGUGGUUAACAAAAAAAUUCGGAUGGGGUUUAAGGGUGGGGAAACCAUCAGAAACUACUGUAACAAGUCAUCUUGUACUGUAACAAGUCAUCUUGUACUGUAACAAGUCAUCUUGUACUGUAACAAGUCAUCUUGUACUGUAACAAGUCAUCUUGUACUGUAACAAGUCAUCUUGUACGGUAACAAGUCAUCUUGUACUGUAACAAGUCAUCUUGUGCUGUAACAAGUCAUCUUGUGCUGUAACAAGUCAUCUUGUACUGUGACAAGUCAUCUUGUAUGCAGAAGUCAAAAUUAUAAAACAUUUUGACUUGUUGACCUAAUUGUUUAUACACAUAAUUUGUGUCAUUUAAUUUUAUAAAGUAAAUAUUGACUGACAUUUUUUUUUGUAAAAAUUUAUAAACAGCAGCAGCUGAAUAAUGACACCGUGACCAUCACACCGGCCCAGAUCAGAGGAGCCUUCACCGUCAUGUUCCUGCUGGGGAUCACCUGGGUCUUUGGACCCCUGGCCAUCAACGAGGCCAAACUUGUCUUUAGCUACAUCUUCUGCAUCUGCAACUCUCUCCAAGGUUUUCUCAUCUUUGUGUUCCGCUGCCUCCUGAACCCUGAGGCUAAGCUCGCUUGGGUGCAGCUUUUCCAGACAGGAACCCUUAAACGCAGGCGUGGGCCAAUCAAAUCCGUGUACACCGACUCAUCAUCUAAAGCAGAAGGCAACCAGCGCAGAAUGAGCAACAGCAACGGGAGCGGUUUCCUCAGCACGGGGAGCACCAAAGUCAACUUGACCAAGAGUGGCAACGGAUUUCAUCCACACCCACAUCAGCUCCACACGACAAACGGAUGGCAUCCCAAUCUGAACGGGACAAAGUCAGAUAAGUUUCAGACCUCUACCCAAGGCCUCAACUACAAACUCUCCCCGAAGUUAGAACGUCGCCACAGCAGAGAAUAUUCUAUAACCACAAAAAGAGAAUCACUCCCCAAUGAUUCAAUGUCUGAAUUCCAGGAUGAACUAACACAUUUUUGAAAUUGAUGUGCAAUUAAUGACUCAGUUCUUGAUAUGUGUGUACCACAGUCAUACUUUGAACACUCUGUCUAAAGCACAGUAAUGCUUUGAACUCCAAGUGAGUACAUGUGACAGUCAUGCUUUCAACUCAUGCUUUGUACCACACUCAAGUUUUGACACAGCUGUUACAUGAACUGACAAUUCCAUGUUUUAAAUGUACAAUGAGGUGAAAGCCAAAUCUUUCUUCCCCAAAGCCUUUCAACUUACAACUUUAAGUAAAUAUGAAGUACACAAAGAUGCCUUGGAACUGAGCCAAGAUGUAGGAAAUGAGACUUAAAUAAAAAUGCUUAGAGCUUACAGGCUACACUCAAAUGGUGGCUGCCUAUCUCUACAGUGGAGUUGAAGGUUCAAAGGUGACCAACCCAAAAUAAACAGACCCUAGGAAUGACGGGCUGGAUUCUUCAGUCUUUUUACUUUUAAAAAUAAAUCUCCUUGAACACAGGAAGGGAACAAUGCAAGUCAAGUCUGCUUAACUUUUAUGAUGUACCUGCUGUUUAAACAUUGAGUUUCAUGCUGAUGAUUGAGAUCUGAAGGGGAGGGACAGGAAACACACUUCUCAACAAAGUUAUCUUAGUUCUGUCUUCAUUACUAUUGACUAAAUUAGGCAUGAGAAAAAGAUAUUUUUCAUUGCUGUUCGCCU